AUGUCGACUCAACUUGAGCUACACAUCACACCCUGCACCAUCCAAGAUGAACGUUGUUUGGACCCGGACCACUGGCUCGGCGGGCGAGCGCACGACUCUUUCAUCUCCCAGGCCGCCGCGUCCGGUAAUAACCGUACCCGCGUGCAGGUGGACUUCUCGACUGGCGCAAUUCAUGUCCAAUCCUCCAGCAGAAGAACUUCCCCAAAUACUCGCACUCACCCUGUGGGUGCUCCUCCUGCGUAUGACGCGAUUGCGUCCACCAACCCGCCGCGGCCACCCAUCGCACUGGAGCAUACCAUGGUCAACGAGCUCCCCCCAAUUACCUGCUUUAUCUGUCAUCCUCAGGACGAGCAUGCCUGUCUGAGUCGCCACGUAUGCUCUGUGUACGAUUCUCGUUCUGAGAAUGUACAGUUAGAGACGGAUGCUUCUAAUGGCCCGAAAUCCGACGCACUCAAGCAGGAACCGGGUCCUCAGGCGGAACCAAUUUUACACGAUCCUCGCUCCUGGUGGCGUCGAUUUGUUGACGAUCGUUCAUUCGCAUGGAAGUGCGCCAGAGGGAUACUCUCCUGCCAGGGCAAACUCAUCGCCUUCUAUGGUCGAUAUGGCACAAUCGAGGACCUCUGCCACUAUGAGAUUAUUCGCGCCGCCCGACUUCUUGACGAGGCUCGUAUCAAGCUUGAAGAGGUACAGAAGAUUUGUGAUCGGCGACCUCUCGAAGUUCGUGGAGAAAAGGACGCGGCUUUCGCCGACUGGAUAGAGAAAAUGCGCGAUGCGCACAGCAAAGCGUUGAAGGCGUUGCACACUUGGGCGAAGGAGUAG